GCUAUCAAUCCCGGCCAGAAGCUCAUUGUUUCCAGUUUCCAGUAAUGGCAGCUAUUACUUGACUAGUGAGUGCCACUGGCCGCUUGCUAUUCACAAAGAGGAAAAACCUUCCAAGGGUGAAUCUUAACUUUUCAUACUAAGACUUGCUAAUCUAUUGCCCCUUUUGAAGACAACCUUUCUUACCUGCUCCCCUGGUCGAACUUAGCCUUCAGCGAAUGAGCACUCCCAGAUUCUAGACUGGGCAACUAUUUCUCCAAAACAAGAUGUAUCUGGCUCUUCUGGGAAUGCUUUGGUUCUGUACAAGACUGAAAGGACAAGAAAACUCUUUUACCAUCAACACAAUUGAGAUGAAAGCAGAGCCAGGCUGGGAAGUGCAGAAUGGGAAGAACCUUACUCUGAAAUGCCUUGUGGACAUCAGCGCCACCUCGAAGCUUCAGUCACAGCUCCAAGUCCUAUUUUAUAAGGAUGAUGUUCUACUCAAGAACAUUACCUCCUGGAACAAAGAAGAGGGCUUUUUUAUUCAGGCUGCUCGGUUUUAUGACCGAGGGAAUUACAAAUGUACCGUGAUUCUGAACAACAAGGAGAAAACCACAAAAGAUUACUCUCUUUCAGUAAAAGGAGUACCAAAUCCCAGGGUUACAGUGGACAAAAUGGAAGUGAUGGAAGGAAGCAAGGUGAUGGUUGAAUGUUCUGUUCCUGAGGAGAAGCCUCCGAUAUAUUUUAUAGUUGAAAAACUGGAAGUGGAUAUCUACAAGCAGAGAAAAGAAAAAAUGGCCCUGGAGAAAAAUUAUGUGACACUGGAAUUUCCAAUAGAAGAACGAGAUCAUGUUUUAAUCUUUCAGUGCCAGGCCAAGAUCUCUUUUGGGAAUUUCGUGGAGGCCUCAGAAUUCACCAAGAGUGACUUAGUCACUGUGAGAGAAACUUUUUCUGUUCCCAGUUUCCAAAUAAAACCCGAAGGAGAGAUCACAGAAGGAGAUUCCCUCACACUUAAGUGCACAAUCCAAGUGACACAUAUGUUUCUGGAGGAUCGUGAAAUCAUCAUCCAGAAAGAUAAACAGAUUGUGGCCUAUGCUAAGCAUGGGACAGAAGUUACUUACUCUCCUCCAAUAGCCAAAGUGGAACACAUUGGGAACUACACUUGCAAAGUGGAAUCCAGCAAGAUAUCUAAAGUCAACAGUGUUUUUAUCAAUAUUACAGAGUUAUUUUCCAAACCUGAGCUGCUGAUUUCUUCCAACCAUCUCGAUGAAGGUGGGAAGCUAGACCUGUCCUGUCAGAUCGCAGGGUCCCCACUUGCCAACUUCACCAUCCAGAAGGAGAACAUAACAAUAACAAAUUCUCAGAACUUCACAAAGAGGGUCUGGGUACAUGAUAGUGGGACAUACAGAUGCCUUGCUGAAAUCCGCAACGUCAUCAAGGAAAGUGAUCCAGUACAGUUAUCUGUUUUUGAAAUUGUCUCUAAGCCCAGGAUUUUUCAUAACUCACAAUCUGAAGUAAUAAAGGGACAACCUUUAUUACUCUAUUGCCAGUCAAUAAAUGGGACACCGCCUAUCAUAUAUCAUCUUUGUAAGAUGAACACGUGUAAGAGUCAGCAAGAAAUGUAUUCCAAUAAACCAGCAGUAUUCUCGGACAAACCCACUGCAACAACAGAAUACACCUGUGUCGCUAAAAAUCACCAUUCCCAAGGGUCAGUGGCUAGUGACGUUUUGAAAGUCGUGGUGAUAGUUCCAGUUGCAAGAGUCAACUUAACCAUUCUAUCCCGUGAGGAAGUAGAGAGUGGGAAAGAGGUGGUCCUCCGAUGCAGCACAGAUGAAGGGUCUUGGCCAAUUCACUAUAAGUUUUACAAACAUAAUUCUAUGGUCCCUUUUUCUGAAACAACCUCGAAUAGUACCCAAGUGAUAUGGCAUACCUUACAGGCCAGCAAAGAGAAUGAAGGACAAUAUUACUGUACAGCUACCAACAGGGCCAACAUUUACAGCAAUUUCCCAAAGAGUAAUAUUAUUACUGUCAGAGUCACUCUUGCUCCAUGGAUGAAAGGUCUUAUUGCAGUAUUCAUCAUUGCUGCCAUAAUCAUUGCAUUGGUUCUUGUGGCCAGAUGGUACUUUGUUAAGAAAGCAAAGGCAAAACAGAUGCCAGUGGAGAUGUCCAGGCCAGGACCACCCCUGAAUUCCAACACUGAGAAGAUGCAAUCUGAUCCCAAUAUGGAAGCUAACAGUCACUCUGGAUACAAUGAUGAUAUUGGAAACCAUACAAUGAAACCAGCAAAUGAACAUAAAGAGCCUGACCAUUUGAAUGUGGAUGUGGAAUACACUGAAGUUGAAGUCUUGACGCCUGAUCUUCACAGAGCUCCUGAAAGGAAAGGAACUGAAACUGUUUACAGUGAAAUCAGAAAGGCUGAUUCAGGGGAGAACAGGCAUUCUAGAAUAGAAGGCUCCCUUGAUGCAACUUAGAAAACCAAUUACGGAUGUGGAUCCCUGAUGUUCCAAGAAGAUGAACAGAUAUUUUCCACAUAUCCCAAGCGCACUGUAGUACUUACUCAUGAAUCUGAUGGUCUCUUCUUACAAACAGUGAUUUUCUCAGGCCAAGUCAUCAUUUCUCCAAUCCAUCCCUGUGUGUGCGUGUGUGCACGUGUGUGUGUGUGUG